AUGGAGAUUACUCCUUCGCAGCUUGUUCCGGAAGAAUUAAACGAAAAAGAAUUCAGGCCCCAACGAUAUUGGAUAUCUGGAAAUGUUCAAGAUCAAGCUGUGAAAAUUAGAAACCAAUUGGUCACAAUUCAACCUGGUAUUUUCUCAACACCUGACUUUGGUGAUGUUCGAAACAUUCAUAUUUGCUCCGUUGAUGAAGUUGUCUCUCAUUUUGGUACAAAGAUUUAUAUGAUAACGCCUAGUUAUUUAAAUCAACUGAUCGAAAAGGACAUUGGAGGCUUCAAUCUCACAGACAAAGCACGCCAAAGAAUAUCUCUCUACCUUUAUAAUAUGCGAAUUGCAAUUACAGGUGUUGAAUCUCAAGAAUUCAUAUCAUUGCACAACAAAUUGAUACUUAAUGGCGCAACUCCUGUUCAUCCAUCAAACAUCUCUCAAAUGAACAUGAUAGCUUCUUCAAAGGUACUUGAUAAGUACGUCUUGAACGCAAUUUCUCAUGGUAUUACAGCAGUCUCCCCAGAUUUCAUAUCAAUGAGCUAUUUAUUGCAGAAAGAUAUACCUGUUAACGACUACAUUCUCAAAAACUUUACCAAUAUUACAGUAACUACUUCAGAUCUCGAUCCAUCAACAAAUAAAAAUUUGAAAGCAUUAGUAGUUGAUGGAAAUGGGAAAUGGAAUGAUUGUUUGGAUGAUUCAGUUGAUUUCGUAAUUGCAGAGAGACUAGCGAUUACGAAAAAGAUUAAAAUCGCUUUAGAAAAUAAAAUACCAAUUGUAAAAGUUGAUUGGAUUAAAGAUCAUUCGCAAAAACCAACAAGUGUGAUGCCAUAUGUAAUCAAUUUUUGGUCUGUUGGUGAAUCUUUUGACGUUUUUCAUGGAAAUACAUUUAAAUUAGAUCAAAAAUGCGAAGAUCCUCAGCUUCUUAUGGAUGCGAUAAGAGAAAGUAAUGGUAAGUUUGAUGUAAAUGAAUCAUAUGUUGUAGUUCCAAACUUUUCAAAGAAAAUUAAAAAUUCAGUCACUCAGCAUUGGAUUUGGGCAUGUAUUAAUCAGAAACAGAUCAUUCUGUUGGAUUCAUCAGUGAUGUUCACUCCGUUCGGGUAUGAAUCCUAUACAAAAGAGCUCGAAGGCGUUGGAAUUAUUGUAUUAAAUUUAGAAAAGGAAACUAAUGAAGUUAUUGAUAUUCUUAAACUAUUUGGUGCUGUUAUAAGAAGGAAGAUUGUUAAUGGAGCCAAAUAUAUGAUAUGUUUGCCAACAAAUUCAAAAGAUUUCCAAAAAGAUCUAAAAAGAGCUCAUAAAAAAGGCGCCAAGAUAUAUCAUCCACAAUGGGUAUAUGAACUGGCAUCAACUGGCAAAAUUCCUAAAAAUAUUAAAGAAAUUCCUUCUGAUACAUCAAAGAAUUUCCAGAAUAUUGUCAGCAGCAUUAUCAAUACAAAGAGAGUUAUUAAGCCUUCGCAAAUGGAGAAAUCUGCAUCUAAAAAUCUUGAUGAAUACGAAUCUGAAGAUGAAACUGAUGAUUCAGACAAUGAUAUCACAUAUCAUACACCAUCUCAUGUCUCAAAGAAAAAGAAAUCUAAAGAUGAUCAGCUCAUGAAGAUUUUAGGAGGAGAAGAUUAA